AUGGGUUCGCUCGGCAGCUUCCUCGUCGUUUACGUGCUCGGAGGACUCACCUUUGUCCCGCUGGUCCUUUCAUUGGUCCUGCUUUUUGCCUAUUUAACCCUUCCGGAUGCUCUGCCGUCACAGCAGACAAGCGCCCAAGCUUCCGAUGCGGUCCGUCGGUCUGCCGACGAUGAGUAUAGCUUGAAAUCCGGGACAGAUCAGCUGGCGGAGGAAUUCCACCGAACACACGACUCGGAUGUUGCUGCGGGAUAUUUUGCUGUUUGUCGCGAAUAUGUGCCUGGGGGUGUCAAUGGGAAACCGCCGGAGAGAACGACCCCGGCUGGAGAGGUUGUUGCUGCCGAAAGCCCUAGCGUGUAUCAGUCCAUGUAUCGCAGUCUGUUUGAUCGGAAGCAGGCACCUAGUAUCGAGCCCGCGAAAUCGAACGGGAAAAACACCAAGCGGGCACGAAAUGUCUUUUACAUCGUUCUUCGGCACGGCCAUCUAAUGCUCUAUGAUGACGCAAACCAGGUCGAGGUUCGGUAUGUGAUUUCUCUUGCUCACCAUGCGGUGUCUAUCUUUGGUGGUGAAGGAGAGAUUCCCGAGGGUGAGCUUUGGAUCAAGAGGAACGCCAUUUGUCUCUCGCGGCGACUGGAUUCGCUUGGAGACCUUGGUGGACCAACACCUCCAUUCUACCUCUUUUCAGAAAAUUUGUCUGAGAAGGAGGAUUUCUAUUUCGCCAUGCUGCAGAACCAGUCUAAGAUGCGAGAUUCUGCGAAUCGUCCGCCCAAACCUCAAGAGUUUGAUGUGAAACACAUUGUUACGCUAGUCCAACGCCUUCAUUCCUCCGAAGAACAGUUGCAAACCAGAUGGAUCAACGCAUUCCUCGGUCGAUUGUUUUUGGCUCUUUACCGAACUCCCGAGGUGGAGGAAUUCUUACGGAGCAAGAUUACGAAGAAAAUCUCCCGUGUGAAUAAACCGAACUUUAUCAGCAAGAUUGGCUUGCAGAGGAUUGAUAUGGGCGAAGGGGCCCCAUUUAUUACCAACCCUCGACUGAAAGAUUUGACUGCCGAUGGUAAUUGCUGCAUUGAGGCGGAUCUCCAGUAUACAGGGAACUUCCGCGUCGAAAUUUCAGCUACUGUGCGCAUUGAUUUGGGUCCUCGAUUCAAGGCCAGGGAAGUUGAUAUCAUGCUGGCAGUUGUGCUCAAGAAAUUAGAAGGUCAUCUUCUGGUCCGGUUCAAACCUCCACCGAGCAAUCGUUUCUGGAUGUCCUUUGAAACAAUGCCGCAGAUGUCGAUGGACAUUCAGCCGAUCGUCAGCACAAAGCAAGUUACCUUCAGCCCUAUCUUACGUACCAUUGAGAGCAAAAUCCGUGAAGUGAUGGCAGAGAGUAUUGUUCUGCCGUUCUGGGAUGAUGUUCCCUUCUUGGACACCAUGGGCCAGAGUUUUCGCGGAGGUAUUUGGCAACGAGAAGUGCCUGAUCAUAGUGAUGAGGCAGAGAUUCCCGAUGAAUCUGGCGAUGUCCCAGCAACUCCGAAAAGUGGUCACACCGAUUCCGUUGAGGUCUUGAAGGCCAAGGAUGAUCGAACGAUGAGCAUGCCCGUCCUUCCCGAGUCUGGCUCGCCGAAGGUGAAAUCACGCAGGGGCCCGAAGUCGUUAUCCUCGGAAACCAACAUCAAGCCUUCGACAGCAACGUCAACGGGCAUUGAAAGACCUGAUAUUACCCCUUUGCCUCGUGCCAUUCGGUCUCAGACCUUUUCUCAUGCAGCGGAUCCCGUAGUAACGGCAGACAAUGCCAAUUUCAAUAAAGCCACGUCCGACAACAAGGGUGACGAGAAGAGCAGCGCAACUAGUGCUAUGAUUGAAAUCUCAAGUCGCUCUCCGCCUGCUUCUCCGCAACGAACCCCAAGCGGUUCGCCACCGACUGGUGGUCUCAUGAUUCCGGAGAGUGCCGUUCACAGCCGUGCAUCCUCAAUCGCAGAAUCUCUUGAGGGCUUGAACUUCUCCAGUGACCAUGUGAAGAAUUCUUCUCGCUUCGAGGGCAAGCCUACUUCAAGCCCACGCAGCUCUCGAGGCAGUUCUACUACUUCCCUUGUCACCGAGAAGCCGCGUCGUAGCACCAUGGGGACUCUAACCAAGUCAAUCACAAAUACUUUCGAGGACAAAGCCGGCACCAUCAAUAUUGGAACGACUGCAGCCGCGGCAAAGAAAUGGAGCUGGGGUGUCUUUGGCAAAGGCGAUUCGAAUGCUCACCAGGAAACAACCCGGUCUCCCGUAGGUACCCCCGAACAGCCUAUCGGACGUGGACAUCCUCAUCCCCCACCUGGUGCCCCCUUGCCUCGCCCGGACAAAUUUGCCCUGAAGAGAAACUCCACGUCGGGUACCCUCCCCAAACGAAAGCCUGUAGCACCAGCUCCCUCACCUGGAAGACCAAGCACGGGAGCUUCCCGACCUGUACCGCCACCACCCUUGCCUCGCAGGAAACCUAUUCCCCCUGGCAUGCGCUCUGAUUCCGUGGAUGAGUUGCUCGUGGUUCAAGCGCCUCACGAUUCUGCACCAAACAGCCCAGUCGUGGGUGAAAUUGACUUGGAUGAGGGCUCAACACUGACAAGCCUCCAUCCGAGGGAGAAUUCCUCUAGCACCGACCUAGCUGAGACAGAGCCCCAUUGGGAAGACGAGGAUGGACAAGAAGCUCGGUCUGUCCGAUCUGUUGACCAGACCAGCUCUUCGCCGACAGGAAGCCAAGACCUAACCCCUUUCACAGGACAAGUUGAAGUUUCAUCGGCAUAA